CUCUUCACUCUUCAAGAAACAAUUACACCAACCCUUUUCAUAUUCCCAUAGCUCCUCCAUUUCUGUUUCUAUCUCUUCCAGAACAAUUAUUUGCAGAAGGGCAACGCAUAAAGUUGCAGCUACGUGAGCAGGAGGUCACCCGUUCAAGCCGUGGAAACAGGUUCUUGCAGAAAUGCAGAGCAAGUUUACGUACAAUAGAUUCUUGUUGUCCGGCCCUUUUCCAGACCCCACGCACAGCGGGAGCUUAGUGCACCGGGCUGCACUUUGUGUUGUUGAUCUUAUGAUGCCUUGUUUCAGAAGAUGUAGUUUAUGUUCUGCUUAAUAUUUUCAUUUUCUUUCCAAAAACCUCUAGGUCUAUCUAAGUUAAAUCCAUUCUUAAUUUAUUCAAACACAGUCUAAAGUUUAACUUGAUUUGUCACAUAUCCUAUCAAGUUUAAAGUUAUACUAUUCACCUGUGGUGUAAAAAAUGAUUGACACAAUCAGGUCAAGUCUUGAGCUAAAUUGUAGGUAUAUCUAUUUGAUUAGCAUUAAUUGUUGACCUGAUAAAAACAGUAUAGUAACUUAUGUGCUAUAAAGUAGUCUGAUAGUGUAAAAGGUCUAUAUACUAUCAAUGCGUAUAACUUAAAUACAUAUCAAAAUAGUUUUAUACAUAUAAAAAUAUGUAUUUAAUACUUGUGCCACUGAGGGUAGGGGAUCCGCCUGAACAAGGGCCGGGAACUGGUUGGGUUGUCGAGGGUUGGGUUCUACUUUUAGUAUUGGGGAGAGGUGAUCAGGCAGGAUAUGGCACGAUUGCAGAUUUCCGAGGACGUGGCCCUUGAUAGGAAGGUAUGAGGUCGAGCAUUACUGCAUUAGGGUUGUAGGCUAAGGGGUAGUUGAGCUUUUUCUACUUCAUACAGGGGGUGAGGCGGGUUUGAUAAGGUUGAUCUUAGACGGCUUGUGGUUUAUGUAGAGUCCACACUAUCCUUUCUGUUGUUCAUAGCUCCUAGGCCUUAAGUGCUGGUUAUUGUUAUUGCAUGUCAUCUAUUUUAUGGUUUUUAUGAUGUUGUUACUAUCUCUAUGGUUUCUGUUGACGAUACUGAUAAAUUGUCUCUUCUUGUUUUAUUUCCGUCUUCCUGAGCUGAGGGUCUAUCGGAAACAACCUCUCUCCCCCAUCGGGGUAGGGGUAAGGUCUGCGUACACACUACCCUCCCUAGACCCCACUUUGUGGGAUUUUACUGGGUCGUUGUUGUUAUUGUUGUUGUUGACUUUCUUGCCAAUAUCUCUACUUCUAAGAUGAGUAGUCAAUUCUAACAUAAAUAUAUUUACUUUCAACUGCAGUAACCAAGCUAAUUAACAUGGAGAAUGUACUGACUGAUGAAAGAAAUCCUACUCGUGCGAUGGCUUCCACCCAACGUAGUCAUCCACCAAUUGAUGAGGAAGCAGUUGUUGGAAUGCCUGGACUGGGCAAAACGUAUAAAUCAACAAUUAACUCGAGGAACGAAGGAACUAGAUAUUGUCUCGAUUGUUGGAAUGCCUGGACUGGGCAAAACAACUUUGGCUAGGAAGGUGUUCAAUCAUUUUAUUGAGAAUAAACACUUUGACGUCCGAGCAUGGUGCUCUAUUUCAAAAGAAUAUAGUUUGAGGCAGAUUUUCCCUGAGAUUCUUAAACAAGUUAUAGGCAAUUUAGAUGAUAUCAAAUAUGAAGAUAUGCCUGACAAGUUACGCAAGAGUCUAAUGCGCAAGAGGUACCUCAUUGUAUUAGAUGAUACAUGGGAAGUUAAGGCGUGGGAAGAGUUGCGAUUAUCUUUCCCACAUUGUGAAAAUGGAAGCAGAAUAGUUCUAACAACUCGUGAUAAAGAAGUGGCUACGCAGCUUAAGCAUCACAGUAAUCCAUAUUUACUUCGAUUUCUCACAGUGGAUGAGAGCUGGGAAUUACUUCAGAAGAAAGUAUUUCAAGGAGAAAUCUGUCCCCCAGAGCUACUCGAAGUAGGAUUACAAGUUGCCAAAAGCUGUAAAGGAUUACCACUUGUGAUUGUCUUGAUUGCUGGUAUUAUUGCAAAGAGAAGGCAAGCCUCUUUGUGGCUUGAGGCCGCAAACGAUCUAAGUUCCCAUGUUUUGGAAGAGCAAGGCAUGAAGAUUAUAGAAUCAAGUUAUGACCAUUUGGAAGACCAUUUAAAGCCUUGCCUUCUUUACAUGGGAUUGUUUCCAGAAGACUACAAAUAUUUAGUGUCCGAUUUGCUGAAGUUGUGGAUAGCCGAAAAUUUUGUGCAGGACAUGGACACAGAGAACAUGGAGGAAGCAUGUAAAAUUUGCUUGAAUGAUCUAGCGAACAGAAGCCUAGUGUUAGUUUCUAAAAAGAGAUUUAAUGGUGAGAUAAAGUACGUCAUUAUUCAUGAUCUAGUGCGUGAGUUUUGCUUGAAAAAACUUACAGAAGAAAAGUUUGUGCAGCACAUAGUCCCGUACAAUCCAUACCAUUACCAACCUGUAGGUGCAAAGGAACAUCGGUUAUGCAUGUAUGUUCAUCACAAUCUUGUCGAACAAUUGGUGCAGUACGAAUAUUCAUUGGAUAAGGUUCCAGUGCUGGCGAACUUGAAGGAAGGGGAGUCUUUUGCUCAAUUUCAUAGGACCCUUGAAUUCAUUGCUCAUCCAAAAUACUAUGCAUGGGACCACAUAAGUCUUUUCCCUUUACUUGAUAACUUUAGAUUUAUUCGAGUGUUGCAUUUGUUGAAUCUCCGCAUGAAAAGUAGUUUAUGGGCAAUGGCAAUGCAAGCAGUACCUCACUUGAGGUAUCUUGCAAUUUGUACUGGUGAAUUUGAUUUCCAGUGGGUAUCUCACCUACUCGAUCUGCAAACUUUGUGGAUGGAUGUUGAUGAUGAAUUGUAUGUCUAUCCAUCACCAGCUAUUUGGAAAUUGCAGCAACUAAGGCAUUUGAAUAUCGUUUUAGUCGUACCUUGGAAUGAAAAUGUCAAUGAUCGAGCAUUUUUCGAAGAGUCUUCAGAAACUUUGCCGAACUUGAAGACUUUUGAGAUGUUCCAUAUAUCAUUUAAUGCAAUCGUGACAAAGAAGUUCUGGGAGAAAUUUCCAAAUAUUGAAAAAGUGAAGAUCCGCUUAGAUGAUAUACAUGACGAAGAUUGUUCUUUUUCCCCCACACCAGAUGAUGUGUUGUAUAUUGAAGAACUCCCACUUCAAUCUCUUCAUUUGCGUUACACAGAGACCAUUGCAUCCUUGGAUUCCAUUGUCCUCCCUUCAUAUCUAAAGGAGUUGUCCCUCGAUAGCAUUCUGCUAACAGACGAAGUUGUUUCAAACAUUGCAAGACUGCGAAACCUUGAAAACCUCAAAUUAAAUUUUAUAUUCUUCUAUACCGAAUUCAAGAUGUCCUUGUCUGAGCAUUUUGACUAUCCCAUUUGUUGGGAUGUUAGUAAUUACGAGUUCCAAGCACUCAAAUGCUUGAAAUUACUGAACGUUCAAUUGGCAGAAUGGCGCACCUCAGAGGCAUCCUUUCCCGUGCUUGAGAAGCUAGUUAUAAAUGAUUGUGGGCGUUUGGAAGAGAUCCCUUCUAGCUUUGUGGAUAUCCCAACACCGAAGAUGAUUAAGUUGAUCUGGUGCACACAGACAAUUGUGGAUUCAGCUCUGGAGUAAAAAAGAAGUAGAAGAGACGACAGGAUGUUGCAGUCUCCAAGUUCAUGUCUUGGAUACAUGUUGACCAAUAAAUAAUGAUGUACCUGUUGUAACACCCUUCAUUCAGGGGCGAAGCUACAUGUUUUGAAGGGUCAACUGACCACCCUUCGUCGGAAGAAUUACGCUGCGUAUAUAGGUAAAAUAUUAGAUUUUAGAGUAAAUUCCUGGCUUCGCCACUGCCUUCAUUACCUUGCGUUCACCAGAUCAAGGGAUAUCAAUAGCAGCUCAACCAUUUAUGUCUUCUUUUAAUUAUUUCUGUUCUUCGCCAAAGCUAUACAUAGAUACAGAGACGACAGGAGUUGCUUUGCUUUGUGUAUUGCUUGCUUAUUGUCAUGUUAGUUAUUGGAUCAAGCAUCUAAAAGCUAGUAUGUCCAAGAGGAGGAUUUCAUUGUC